UAUCUACGCUCCGAAAAGAAUAACUUCCAUGGGUACAGUAGCCAUAUCAGUUAUCACGUAGCCAACGUUCGUACUAUUCAUGGAAAAACGAUAGUUAUUUAUAUGAAGCUGUAGAGUAAUUUUGUCCAUUUAUUGUUGACAUUUGUUAUGAAUUUAUUUUGCACUUGUAUACCUUUCAACAGGUGUAUAAGCAUCUAGAAUGUUCUGUGAUAAUUUGAAAGUUAUUUAUUGAAAAAUUGGUGUUCAAAACAGUUGUCUUUUUUUAUGUAUUUUUUUACUUCCUAAUUGACGGUGUGUAUUCACAGAGGAUUAAAAUAUUAUUCAAGCCUGAAGACUGGCAAUGACGCGUGAACAAACACCAAUGAAAUCUUUAUUUUCAUCUAUUAUCAAAUGGUCAACGGAAAAUCAUCAAUCAUUGUUGAAAAUUAGUUACAAUUGUUGAUAACUUUUAGGCAAGAAUGGCCCUAGAGAAAGUUAAAAUAACCCUGGAAUGUGGACAUGCAUCUAUGUUAAGGGUCAGGACUACUCCUGAAGGAUAUACUCAUGAUUGGGAAUUAUAUGUUCGCGGAGCUGAUAAUACAGAUAUAAGUCAUUAUGUAGAAAAAGUUGUCUUUCAUCUGCACGAGACAUUUCCUAAGCCUAAACGUAUUCUAAAAGAACCUCCAUAUGAGGUAAAAGAGUCAGGUUACGCGGGAUUUAUGAUUCCUAUUGAUAUAUGGCUAAAGAAUAAAGAUGAGCCAAAAAGAAUUCAAAUUCAAUACGAUUUGCAUUUACAACAAAGAGGCCCAGCUAUCAACAAUGUUACUCGAUAUACUGAAGUGUUUACAAGUCCUGGUGAUGAUUUUCGCAAGAAAUUAUUAAAAGGUGGAGGUGUUAUAAUGUCGAACGUCGAUGAAGGGCAUGAUCGAAGUGAAUCUAAAUCAUUAGUUCCAAUGGUAAGUAAACCGAAACUAAGUGGAAGUGAAAGUAAAAAACAUCGUACGGAGCCAAAAUCAUCAAAUGAUUUCGAUGAUAUAUUUGGUGACUCCAUAAAAAUUGCUAAAGUCUCUCCAGAGAAUAAAAAAUCCUCUGUGGAUAAAACAUACCACAAACCUCUACCAUAUAAAUCAGAAAAGACAGAAAAAAUGAACAAAUCAAAGCACAGUCCUCAUAAAGAUAGUAAACGCGAAAAAAAUGGAGAAGAGAAGAAAGAUAAAAAAAAUAAAGAAGCUUCUAAAGAGAAGGAAAGGAGUAAAGAGAAAAGUAAGAGGCCACCUAGUCCAGGUAGUAAAAGUAGUUAUCAAAGUCCUAGUAGUAAACGACCUUCUUCACCUGUGGCGGUGAAGAAGCAACUUAGUCCUUUAGGCUCUAUAAGUACUCCAAAGUCCUCGUCUCCAAAAAUUCGCGAAAAAGAGCAUAAAAAGGUUGUAAAUGAUAAAGACAAGGAGAGAGAGAAAGAAAAGUCUAAAGAAAGUAUCAAAGGAUCAUCAGAAGAAUUAAAAAAUGAUAAAAAAAAGAAAAAGCAUAAAGAUGAUAAAAGUACAGAACGAAAAGAUAAAAUUCGUGAUAAGGAUCGUGAUAAAAUAAAAGAAAUGAAAAAUUUGGAGAAAAAAAUUGUUGAAAAGUCUGAAAAACAUGAAAAAUCUGAUAAGAAAAAAGUACAGGAAACCAGUAAAUCAUCAAAAGACUUGAAAAAAUCACCUAGGCCUGUUAAGGAAGGUGAUCGCAGUAGUUCUAAAUCUAGAAGUGAAAAAAUAGAAGUCACAGAAAAGGUUAAGGACGUUAAAAGUGAUAAAGAUCGGCAGAAGCAUAAACAUAAAAAAAAGGAAAAGAAGGAGAGGUCGGAUGAGAGUAAAGAGAGGGAUAAACGUGAUAAACGUGAUAAGCAGAAAAAUAAUGUUGAAAAAGGUGGCGGAGGAAGUAGUAAUAGUGUGGCCCAAUCAAAUUCUUUAUCGACACAUUUGUCUGAAGUUCCUGAUCGGGAUAGCAGUGAUUCAGCGAAUUCUGCUGAUGAAGAAGAAUCAAAGCUUUCGUCGAGAAUUAAAAUGGAACAAGAGCUAGCGAGGAAUCACACUUCAGAAAAUCGACCGCCAAGGUCAUUAUCACCAUCAGGGUCAGAGCAUGCCAAACGUGAACCAACUGAAAAGAUUAAGAAAGAAAAACUGAAGCCCCUGCGAAAUGAAGAACGAGAGAGCAGCCGUAAAAGAAAAAAGAGAAGCAGUAGUAAAGGUGAUGAUGAAAUUCCGGUCAAGAGAGAAAAAGAUACUGGAUUUUCUCCACCUCUUGAACCUGUUUCAUCAAGUCAAUCACCAGUUACUGUUGAAAUGGCAGCAGCAUAUAAUGUUAAGCCUGAAUCUGAUGAGGUUGAAGCAAUUCAUCCUAAGCAAGAUUUUGAAGCUGAAAGUGAACAGAUAGCACCAGAUUCCACAAAUAGUGUUCUAAUUGAAUCAGAAAAUGAUGAACCACCCGUUUUUUCCGAAGACUAUGUUUCUCAGUUGAAAGAUUUACAACAGAAAAUCAUGACACUACAAGAUAAUCAAGAAUUACAAAGAGUUGUACAAGUAAUAGCAGCUACUGGACAGUAUGAAAUUACACGGAAAACUUUUGACUUCGAUCUGUGUGCUUUAGAUCGGAGGACAGUGCAACGUUUGCAGCAAUUUUUUUCCGCCUCUUGACAAUUGAGUGAAUAACUUUUCAGUGAAUUGGCUGCACAGUAUAUAUAAAUAUAAAUAUUAUUAUUAUUUUAUUAUGAUCAUUAUUAUUUUAUUAUUAUUAUAUUAUUAUUAAUAUAACAAUUUUUAGAUUGUAAGUAGACCCAAUUAAAUUAUAUGAAUGUUAAUGAAUUAUUAUUGUAAAUCACACUACGCCAAACUAAGUAGACUAAUGAUGCAUCACACUCUCAUUUCAUUAGUGUCAUUGCCAAAUAUUUCAUGGUUUUUUAUUGUCAUGGAUAUCUCAAUAAACAAAAUGAAUAUCGUAGAUAUUUUUUAUACAGUAGCGAAAAUAUUGAUCAUUAUUAUUAAUAAAAUUCAUGACAAAAUAAAUAAAUUAGAGAUUUUAUUAGUUCAAAGAUAAAAUAUAAUAAAAAUAGAAAUAUACAAAAUCGCUACUGAAAUAUAAAUCAAUUAAUAGAUGAAGGGAAUGUAAAUUCCUUGAAUUCUAAUUCUUUAAUUCUCCAAAGGAAAAUUAUGUUUUUCUUGGUAAACUCUUGACGUAAAAACUAAUUAAUUGCUGUGAGAAAGAUAUAAUUAGAUAAAAAAUAAUCAAUUUGUAUAAAUUUCGAAAAUUAUAUUUUUUGAAUGAAUUUUGAGAUUUAAGCUGCAUAAUGUGUAUGUAUAUCUCAACAUAAAUAAUGCGAUAUUACAUAGGAAAUUUAUUAUUUAAGCUAUUUUAUUGAUAGGCAAUAAAAAUUUAUGUGUGAUUAAUGAUUAUGAUUAAUUCUCAAAUGAGCUUAAAAAGUGCGCGACAUUGGUCAAAAAUCUUUUAAGGGAAACGUAUUGAAAGGAAAAAAAAAGAGUGAGAAAAUUUUUAUUAUAAAAAAAUCUAAAAUCUUCUUCAAAAAAUAAACAUUGUGUGCGUUGAAAUAAACAUGUGAUUGCAUUUUAAA